AUGGAAGGUAGAAAAAGGCAGAGAGGGACCUCAGGGGUUUUCAGAAAUUCGGUGCUAGAAUUUAGAUUGACUUGGGAAAAUAAUAUUGAGGAGGAGGGUUCCAUUAAAGAGAGAUUGAUAGAUUCUUUGGGUCAUUCAAUUGGCUUGCAAACCACCCUAGGGCCACAAGAUUGUGAAGAGAGUUUGAGAGCUACCCAAAUCUGGAACACCUAUGUUCCAGGUUACAAAAAGAAUAAGAUAAGCAAGGUAUCAUUAUUGAAGUGGAAGAGCUCUUUUAAGGAUGACAGUGAGAAGAACAGAGGACUACUUACAAAGAAGAUGAAGGAUUUGAAGGACCAAGGG